CAUCGACGCCUUAGUUGCACACUGCCAGUACUUCUAUCAAUUUGUUCACUCUUUUCCAAUAUCAGCGACAACAUUGCCCAUUUGCACGGGCUCCCCCUUUCGCAUUGCAAACCCUGCUGCUGUCUAGGAAGAAGACGAAGGAAGAGAAGAAUAAUAUGGAGAACGAUAAUCUCAUAUCUUCUCUCCACUACCAAAUCGAUUCCCUGCAUUGCCGCAUCAAGGAUUUAGAGGCCGAAAAUGCAAAAAUGGCGUUGCAACUUGCGAAUUGCCGCUGUUCUAAGAUUGAGGAAGUUAGUGAUACUAGUGUGAGUAAUGCUGUAGUUCCUGUUGAAAAUGCUCAGAAAUUGCAUCAAAAGAGUGGCAAAAACAGGAAAAAGAAGUUAAAAGAUAGGAGUGUGAGGACGUUGCAUCACUAUUCCAAGAGAUACGUCGCUCUCAAAGUCGUGUAUUUUGGUCAACGGUUUUAUGGCUUUGCAUCAGAGGCACAAAUGGAACCUACUGUGGAGUCUGAACUCUUCAAAGCUUUUGAGAAAACAAGGCUAUUAGUUGAUGAUAGAAAGGGUUCACAAUACUCUAGAUGCGGCAGAACGGAUAAGGGAGUCUCAGCUGCUGGGCAAGUGAUUGCUCUUUACCUACGGUCAAAUCUUAAGGCUGAGACAAAUUCUGACAGAAUCGUUUUUGAAGGGCAAUAUGAAGGAGAAAUUGAUUACGUGAGAAUACUGAAUAAAGUUCUUCCAAAUGAUAUUCGGAUAAUUGGUUGGUCUCCAGCUCCUGUGGAUUUUCAUGCAAGGUUUGGCUGUUUAAGCAGGGAGUACAAGUACUUUUUCUGGAGCGACGAUCUUGACUUAUCAGCAAUGCAGACUGCAGCAAAAAAGUUUCUGGGUGAGCAUGACUUUAGGAAUUUCUGUAAAAUGGAUGCGGUGAACGUACACAACUAUAAGCGACGUAUCACAUCAUUUGAUAUCAUCCCAAGCAGUGAAAAGUUUAGAGACAAAGAAUUAUGGGCCAUCGUAAUUAGAGGCAGUGCAUUUCUGUGGCACCAGGUUCGAUGCAUGGUUGCUGUAUUAUUUAUGAUUGGACGGGGCCAGGAAUCAGCAAAAAUUAUAGAUAUGUUACUUAAUAUAGAGAGGGUGGCAAAGAAGCCUCAAUAUAACAUGGCCUCGGAAAUGCCAUUGGUUCUACACUCUUGUGAAUUUGAAGGUCUGCGGUUCUUUAUUUCAGCAGAUGCAAGGCAGGCAUUAUGCUCAAGCUUGGCAAAUGAUUGCGAAAAUCUCAUGCUGCAAUUUGCUAUUUUUCGUGAUGCUUUGGAUAGCUGUUCAUCAGUGGAAGAUGAUGAAGGAAGGAAUUCCCUUACAAAAGGGACGGGGACGAAGAAAUGCUUGCACAUUCCCCUGUUGACAAGGGAAACCGAGCCUUCAUACGAGGAGCGGCGUGCCAAGUUGAACUCGGGAGGCUUAAAAGAAAGAUUUGUUGGAUUAUGCUCUUCAACUCGAUAAUGAAUUACUAGCAGUUUUUGUGUUUUUCAUGCCUCGUCUUGUAUUGUGACCUUGUGAAUUAUAUGAAUCUUGACCUUUUUCAUUGGUUAAGAAUGUUGCUUAUACGAUUUCAUGUUUAGGGCGAGAUAUUUGUGAUUCUUUAAACAACUAAUGUUACCAUAUUUAAAUAGUAGGCCACAUUUUCAUUGAAGUGUC